UAUAGAUAAUACUAAGCGUCGGAAGAAAGGCAAUCCGGAAAGAGAGAGAGAACAGUCCCUAUCAUUGGACUCUCCGCCCCCAUCUGAACGUCAGCAGCGCACCCCUUCAACCUUUCCUCGCACUCGCAUAACCCCAAGUACACCCACCUCUCAAAGAGUUGCGCUAGAAAAACUUCGCCAGCACAUGACAUUUAGUGAUUUAGAGGAUGGCAGUAAUGAUGGUGAAAAAAAUAACGAAAGAAAUGUUCCUACACGUCGAGGCAAGCUGGAGAACUUCACCCGACAAGACACCUCAAGUACAUCAGAAGGGGCCACAGGAGGAAGAGCAUCAGGAGCUGCAGGGAGAACAUGGUCAUAUUGUCAGCCGACUGAUGCAGAUCCGGGAGUACAUUAAACAGGCCAACACAAUGAAAGAAGCUCUGUCCAAGACUGGUUCUCCUACGGGUCACCGAAAAGCAAGUAAAUUAGGACAGGUGAUUGCAUCUCUGCGAGAACAAGAGGCUUGCUUCAUGGACAUUCUACAAGACUUCUGGUCAGUGAAGGAGGACAGCACAGCGGUUGACUGGAGUAACCAGGGUCAGGAGACACCUUUAGUAAUGGAGUCUGCUGACGAGGAAGCUUGUUCUGUUGACCUGGAAGUUCAGUCCGAGACAUCUGAGGCUACUACACAAGAUAAUGAGACCAGUCCAUUAGCAUGGCGUCCACGUAUUGAGGACAAGCUAGGGCUCACUGAUGGUGAUGAUGAGGAUAAUGACCAUACAGAACGUACAAUUGGCGAUGGCUCCCCGGGACCAGAUAUGAUGGAUAAUACACUGACUGCCAAUACUGACAGCCAUGGUGGAGAUUGGGACUACAUGCAUGAGGACUUUGAACAAGAGGCAAGAAUGGAAGUAGAAGAGUUAAGGAAGAAUGAAGUCAAGUCUCUACGACAACAACAAGAACUUCUUAAGAAGAUUGUUCACCAGCAGGAACAGAUGAAGGCUUUGAAGGGAAGACAGACUGCAUUAUUAGCCCUGCAGCAGGAUGCAGAAAGAAAAUUAGCAGAUGCCAAAGCCGGUGAACGUUCAAGAGCUUCAUCAGCACCUGCAACAAACACCAGCCAAAAUCAUAUGUUUAUGUCCGCAAGUCAGAAGCCUCUGAGUCAGGCAGUGGACAUCAAUCCUCAGACUUCAAGGAACACUACAGAUGGUCUUCCUGGUGACCUGCAGGAGAUCAGACAGCAUCUCAACUAUCUUCGAAAUGAACUCAAAGAACAGACACCAGAAACUGCUGAGAGACAAAGUAAUCCUGAGCUUGAGGCAGCCACUAAUGCUGCUGCCUUAGAGGAUAAUAGACGCCAACUACAAGACAAACUGCUGGAUCUUCAGUCCAAAAAACAGCGCAUGGACACCUUGUUACAGGAGCUACAGAAUUUACGAUCCCAGCGUUUUGAUGCUACCCUUAAUAACAUGCCCCAACUGGAGCCAGAGAUACCAGCAGCCCCAACAGCCUCAGCCCCAAACACCUCAUUAGCCAUGUUAGAGGACACUAAGGCUGCUCUGAAUGAGGCAGGAAAUACAGAAUCAAAUGCACAGGAAAUCCUCGAUAUUCUGGAUGCACAGGAAAAACUAAGAAAACUACAGGAGGUGAAACAGAGGUUGAAUCAGCUAAGAUCCCUGGUACAAUAUUACCAGAGUGAGACAACAGAAGGCAAUCAGUCUGAGGAGAACACAGCUGCAGCCUUUAGAGCACAGCUAGACCUCAUGGAGGAGAUGCACAACUUGGGCGGAAUCGCUGGCCUAGCUGAAGGCGAGAUGGAGGGUCCACCAUCACAACCUCCCCCAAGGAAACCCUAUAGUAUGGCACCAACAGCAGGAGCUGCUGCUGCAGCAGCUGCCACACAGUUAAAGUCAGAUGAGGACAAUCGCUCGGAGGACAGUAUGUCGUCGGAAUCAGAAUCCCACUUGUCCAGUCUCGGACCAUGGGGAGAUGAUCCAGAAAUUCAAGAAAAAGUCCAGAAAUUAAAAGAAGCAAAAGAAAAGUUACGUCAGCUGCAAGAUCUAGUGUCUAUAGUUCAGCAGUCUCCAGAUGGAGCAAGAGGUCUCCCUGACAGCUUGGCUGAGCUUGCUGCUAGUCUGGAUUGUGAUGACCAACCCCCUGCUGAGCCUCAAGACCAUCUCCUCUCUGAUGGUGAAGUCCCAAUGUCUCAGACAGAAAGAGAUUCAUUGGAAGCAGCCAAGAACCAGUUGAGGGAACUGGAAUCAUUGAAGGAGGAGCGAAGGCGACUUCUCACCAUUCAACAGGAACUACAGGCGUUACAGGGACACUUUGCUGGGAUACCAGAGAAGGAUGAAGAAGACAAUAGAGAUGGGAAAACUGAGAUGAAGGAAAUAUCAGACCCAGCUGCAGAACGGGAUGAGGAAGAGGUAGAUGAAGAUGAAGAGGAUAAAGAAAACCAGCGACCAAUUAGACUUAGUGCUCCUGUCGUCAAAUUUUCCUCAAAUGAUGAAGUCUAUGGGAAGAUGAGGAAACAGAGGAUGAUGCGAGAAGAAUUACGCCAGAAGAAACGAGAACUGGAGGCUAUAAUGAAGAAAGACAAUAGCAACAAGAAAAACUAUUCGAAAAACCAGGACAAUCAAAGUGACACAGUUUCCUACUCUACAGAUAUGUAUGGUGCCAGUAUGAGUGCUGAUGCCACGAUGGCCACAUGGGGAGGGUCUACAGUAGACAACCUGGAAAGUAUCACAGAGGACAAUGACAGGCUGGACAGGGAAGAUGAUGAGGAUGAGGAUGCCUACCCCAGUGAUGGAAUCAUCCAAGUGGAGGAGGAAGAAGAGGAAAAUGAUUCUGAUAACAACACUUACACAAUAGAGGAAGAUGUCAGACAGAGGAGAGAGGCACGCUCACAGAGACAUGUGGCCACAGGGUCUUCAAGAUCACAGGAUAAAAAACGCCGCACAUUUCCAAGGGCUCGGAAAGAUCAAAAAGAUGGAACAAGACCCAAGCAAGGAAGCUGGUCGAAGAAGGCCAAGCAGGGAAGAGUCAAACAGGAGAAUUUCCGUUCCCCUCGGGAAUUAAUGCAGGAUGACUCGCCAGAUGGUAGUAAGCUGCUGGAUUCGUCAGCUAGUCAGUAUGAAGCCCUACAGAUGCAGUUACAGAGGACGGCAUCUAUGUGUCAGACACUGAUGGGUGGGGACCAAAACCAGACUCUUCCUGGUAUGGGACUGCUGCAGACCAGUGCUAUGUCUUCUCCAGGCUUUGGUUAUCGGGGAGGUGCAAUGCCUGACAUGUUCCAGCAGCAAAUGCAGCAGCAGCAGUUGAUGAUGAACAUGAGUCAGUGUCUCCAGCAGAUAGCCAUGCAACAGAUGGAGAUCCAGAACCUCCAGCGUCACAUCCAAGGCUUCACACCAGACGAACUUCGUCUGCGCUCUCUCACUUCACUUUCUGCUGCGGUAGAUAGUCGUGGUCUGUCCCCUAACAUUGGGACACUUCCCCGACCAGAUAGCUUUAGUCAACCUACGCCAAGCUUUCUCCAGAGACACAGCAUGGAUAAUCUUCUCUCAGGACAAACCUUGGGUGAGGAUAAUGUGUUUGAAUCUGAGCGACGUUUAGGGGAAGGCCUGGCUCAGGGAGGACAGGAUGGUAGGAGCAGGUCAUUAGGAAGAUCUGCCAGUAUGCAGAGCACUGGAAGUAAGCAGAGGGCACAUACAGAGCGUCUCGUAUCACGGAGGAAUGAAUCUCUUCAUCAGUCCAGCAGGAUUGAUGAGUCCAUACCCUCACUUCCUUUCUCACAAGGUAGAAAGAAGAAAAAACCCACCAGUCACCAAAGACAGUGGUCACAAGCCUCUGGCAGUAAAGAUGGAGGAGCUGCACAUUCUGAUUUUACAGGCAACACCUCUGAUAUCCUCAACUCUCUAGCACAACAUGUGAGGCCAACUGGUCUUAGAGCGAGUCAGAUGGGAGAAAGACCGGGCCUCAGUGCUGGGAUCAGUGGAGCAGGCUUUGGGGAAGAAGGCAGUGUUGCCAGUACCUUUUCAAAUAGACCACAACGAGAGGCAGUUGCUGGUCGCAAGAAAGAACCAAGUGAAGUGGAUGAUCCUAGUGACCUGUCUCUGUUUGAUACACUGAGAGAACCUAUUUAUGCCGAGGUAGCCACUUUCAUUUCACAAAAUGAGAACAGACCCCACUUUCUUAUUGAACUUUUUCGAGAACUUCAGAAGCUAACAUCAGACUAUCUGCGACAACGUGUUUUGUACUCUAUCAAACAACUUGUUACCAUGUUCCUAACAGAACAAAGUGCUGGACCUUUGACAACAAACAUUGAUGAGCCACUUCCUGCUUGGAUGAACAAUGCUGCUGUAGGUACAGCCUCUGAACUUACUCCUAGUGAGAGUAACUUGACCACAGAUGAUGAGGAAAUAGCGAUGAAGUUACGAGACCUGACAAUUGAGAAGAGACGUGCCCUUGCUAGAGGGGAGUCCCUACAGAAUGACCAGUUUGACUACGUUGAGGCUGCUGAUUAUGAUAGUAGUCUGUCCACUCCCUCCACCAGUUACUGGGACAACCCUUUCUCACAGGACCUGGGUGACACCGUCAUCCAUUUAGACAAGGCACUGAAGAAAAUGAGAGAAAAUGAAUCCAAAAUAGCCGCUGCAGAAAAAGCUAAGCUGGAGAGUAAAAAGUCAAAACCCAAUCAAGCCAGACCAUCUCGUCCUGUUUCUGAACCAACCAGUAGUUCUGCUGUGGACCAGGGAAGUGAGAGUUCAGUCUCUUCCACAUCUUAUUCCAGAAUCGAUACUCAAGAACUGAACAAGCAAAUCAAGAUGAUCAUGAAGGAAGUAAUUCCAGUGAUCAAGGAACAUAUAGAUCAUGUGUGUUCAUUCGAACUGUUGGCCUACAUCAAACGUCUCGUGCUCAGUCUCACACGACAAUAUGAUAGCAGUCAGUAUGCCACUUUCUUCCAUGCCCAACUGAGCUCUGCACUGCAAGAAACUCUUAGCAGGUUUGAAGGGCGAAAAUUAAGGAUGUGUGGGGAGGACUUACUUGUUGAUAUGUCUGAGGUCCUGUUCAAUGAGCUUGCGUUUUUCCGUCUGAUGCAAGGUUUGGGGGAGAACCCUGCAACAGUGAGUCAACAAGUACAGUCUUCAGGCACCCAGACCAGAGAGCAGGAGGACCUAUCUGUAGAUGAAGAUGAUGCACAGACCCAGGAAUCAGAUACCACUGAGAGUACAGUGACUGAGGACGAGGAUAGUGAACGUGAACACUCACUUCGCCUAAAUGCUACAGAGGAAGAAGAGCUUGGCAAGUUGAGGGACGAUGAGUUUGCUAAUGAGGUGCAAAUUCAGGAUGCUGAUGACAAGGAUGAUGACAUAGAAUCUCCAUACAAACCUGUUCAGAUAGAGCUAGCAGUCAGUGAAACCAAGCCCUUUACACGAAUUGGAAGUGAUGAGGAUGAUGAAGAUGCUGACGAGUCACAAAGUGCUGAUGACCCCUCAGAGACGGCAGUGUCACGAGAUGCCAUGAUGGAAAAAUCACACUCCAUAGAGGAUGGGGAGGAGAUGCCGGAAGAGGAAACACCAGUAAGCGAUGCCAAUGAAGGAGAUGCUGAUCAGGGUGCCAACACCUUCGGAGACAAUGACAAAGACAGUGAGGAACCAAUCAAGAUGAAUGGAGAGAUAUUAGAAAAUGGAGAACUAGCAGUAGAUGACCUUCCCAAUUCCUUGAACUUGGUGCCAAUGGUUGAAGUUCAAAACAAGAUGACAGAUGAACAGAAAAACAACUCUAGUGUGGAGGCUGUCUUGUCUACUAUAGAUGUCCAAGAAGAGUUGGCCGGAGAUGGUCAAUCUCUCAAAGAACCAGGUAUACCCACCUACCCACCAGUCAGUCGCCAAGUGUAGCUGACUCACCUACCAACUGGUCUGUUGCCUGGUGUGACUGAUUUGUGGCCAGAUCACAGUUACAUGUAUUUUGUUUUUAUCAUUAUUUGGACAUGUGAUAUUCUAUGAGCUGCUUACUUGGGACUUGUGAUAUUUGUAAGCUGCUUCAUAUGAAAUGAGAAUAUGACCACAGUAUAUUUAUACAUUACACAGUGUCAGUCUCAACUUCCUGUUCUGUUGACAACUUUAAGCAGUGCCUGUGAAUAAGAACAUUGAAAUACAUAGGUAGAUAUGUGUUGAAUCCUGUGUUACAAUAUUUAUGUGGACUGAAGUGGUCCUGUAUAUAUAUGGACUUUAUUCUUAUCAUUUCAGAUGCAUGAUGCAAUGGUACAGGAUAUAUAGACUAUUUUGUAACAGCUUGUGUCUCGUGUUAUAGGCAGCGACUGUCAAGUCUCUUUAUGUGAUAAUGACUCGGUUAACAAAGUAGACAGGUUGGUAGUUUCGAGUCGCGUAAUCUAUUGUGCCAUCAAAUGGAAUGUCUGAGAUGUGGGACUUCCCUGGACGGCUGUGAAAUUGAGUGUCCCUUGCAGACACAGUGAUUCUUAUUUAUCCAUAUUAGUUUAAUGUUCAAGGUUUCAUGACUGACUUUGCAUAUUCCAAUAUUAUGAGAGUGUUAACAACUACUGAUACAAUGUUGAAAUUGUAGAUUCUGUACUUGUAAUUGUCAAUACCAGUUGAAUAGGCUGUGUAGCAGUUUAUUAUACAGUGAUUUAUGUAAAACAUGUCUAGCUACAGUUGUGUUCCUGUUUCAUUUUACUGUGGAAUUGUUAAUAUAUAGUGAUUAUUUACAAACGAGGAUGGAUACUUACAAUGUACAUCCUUGAAUUUAUUCUAUUGCCCAUUAUGCUACAAUAAAAAAUAUGCUUUAGCCCAAUUUAGCUCCUUAUUCCUAUUUGUUAAAGAUAUUUAGUAGUGAAAUAUUUGUGGUCAUUUUACACAAUUUUUAAAUCCGAACAUUUUACUUCACAUUUUAGGUUAUGAGACAUUAAGAUUCUUUCCCAGUUUCCCAUUAUUGAUGUAGUUCCUAAAUUAUCAAAAAAUAGUUACAUGGUCAUAUUGCUGAAGGCGAGAUUAAAGGUUCAAUUUCGUGUGUAUUUCAAAGGGUGUAAACAUGCUAACAUGUAUAUAAACCAUGGUACAGAGAUGUAACAUAGAAAUCUAUGCAAUUUAUUUUUGUUGUAAGAGCGAGACAUGGUACUGGUAGGUAUUUAAAAUCAAACUUUUAAGGUAGUUCAUGCUGGAGAAAUUAUCAAAUAUGAACAUGGUAUUGUGAAGGAAAUUUUUUUAUGACAUUUUUGUGAUAUGAAAUCUGUAAUAUUGUGACAGAAAUUUGUGAUUUUACGGAUGUUAAUGUUCUGCAACAAGAAUGUACCUGUGAUAGUUAACACCAGAUUUGUGAUCUACAGGCUUAUUAUACUUUUACAAGAUAAGAAUUGUUAAGAGUGGUACGCUAUGCACAUCUGCUUAAAGAAUGUGUAGAAUGUAUCAUAGUAGGUGAAGACGAUUGGAAAAUUGCAUAUAAGACAAGUAUAUAAUAUUCAUUUAAUACUUGCAUAACAUUGACCUUAUUCACAGAUCAAGGUCUUCAACAGUAGACAUUCCACCGGUGUAAAUAAAUGAAAUGUUGUGGCUGUUGUUGUGUUGUCAAACUGAUGUUUAUAUGUGUGAAAGUACUUCUUCAUGAUGUCCGUCCACAGACAGCCAAAAUCUGCCACGAGGGGUUGUCUAUUGAUCAAAUUCAGAUAUAUUACAAGUUGAAACAAAGUUGUGCACACCAGUUAGGUUUUCUGUUUUACAUGGGGGUUGUAAGGGAUGGGGGUGGCUAAUUUGUUUUCCAUGAUCGCCUUAAUGUUGAUAAAGGAAAAAUUGGGUCAAAUUAAUUAUAGAAUGAAGAAUGUUGUCUUUGUUUCACCAUUCUCAUACAGGUCAAUUUUGUUUUAAUGCUACAUUAGUGUUUCUCAUAGCUUCUAUAUUUCAUCAUUAUGCUAAUACUAUGCUAUUUCUGAACAAAAUGAAAAAAGACUUGGCAACUGCUUUAAUGAUUCACCUGAACUGGAUUGUUAGAUACCCUGAUUUGUGUGAUCUAUGUGAUAUGUUGUAAUAAUCAAAUAUGACAUCAGUGACGGGGGAUGAAAUGUGCAAACUGCUUAAAGUACAAACAAAGUGUGUUUAUGUGUAUAGAUAAUAUGAAUUUGUUAUAAUUGUUGACUGCUUAUCAUAAACAUAUGGUUGUGGUAAUACAGUAUUGUGACAGAUCACUCUGCCUUGUGCAUAUUCUAUAAUGACAAUUGAAUUUUUGUUUGAAAUUCUUAAACCUGCAAUCUAUUUAAAUACAAUCUUUCAGAAAUCAUCUCGGUUUUCAUUUCACCAUAGAAAUUGAUUUGAAAUUAAAAUAUUUUAAGGAAUUUUUUUAUGAAAACAGAUUAGGUAUAUAUUUCAUUUGCUUAAUUAUAUGAUAAAUUAUAUCUUAAGUUUGUAGAUGUAUAUAAUCUCAUUCAACAUAUUUCAACAUUAGUAUAGCAGUUUUGCCAUCUAUUCUCCUAAUAUUUUGUCCUCAUUCAUUGGUUAUGCAGAAUUUCAUGAAUUCAAAAUGAUGUAUUUGAGUUUACAUUAUUGUCUGUAAAUCACUUUAACCAAUAGUAAGUACUGUAUUUAAAACAGCAGUUACUUACUAGAAUUGAAACCUGUCUAAUCUGACACCCUGAGAGUUAUUAAUUAAAUUCUUUAAUCAAUAAUUAUUAGCUAUUGAAAUUAUACAGAAUGAUACAAUAAACAGAUCUUUUCUGAAAUCAUUUGAAAGAAAUGUAAUAAAAGCACAAUGUUGAUUUAAACAGGAUGCCAGAACAUUCAGAGUUAAACAGGAUGCCAGAACAUUGAGGAGUUAGAUAAGACAUGUUUCCUUUAAUAUUAUGUACUUGUGAUCCAUGAUAAUGGAAAAUGUAGCCAAUGAAUUCAAAAGAAUUUUAUUUAAAUAUAGUUGAUAUGUUACAAUUUUGUUUAGUGCUGUUUGCAAGUCACAAUUUUUGCUAUAUCUGAUCAACUGUACAACAAUAAACUCUGUGUUACAUAUA